UUCAUAUCUUCUUCCAUUAUUCAUUCUUAACCAUCUACUACUACCAUCUUGAAGAAGGAAAAAAAAACUCUCUUGGUGUAACAAAGAGGGAAAGAAAAUGGCUACACAAGCUCUAGUGUCGUCAUCAUCUAUUACUUUUGCAGCUGAGGCUGUGAGACAGAGUUUUGGAGCAAGAUCACUUCCUUCUUCAGUUGGAUGUUCUAGAAAAGGUUCCUUUGUUGUCAAGGCAGCUGCUACUCCUCCUGUCAAGCAAGGUGGAGUUGAUAGACCCUUGUGGUUUGCAUCAAAGCAAAGUCUUUCUUACUUGGAUGGAAGCCUACCCGGUGACUAUGGAUUUGACCCUCUAGGACUAUCAGACCCAGAAGGAACAGGAGGUUUCAUCGAGCCAAGAUGGCUAGCAUAUGGCGAGAUAAUCAACGGUCGCUUUGCAAUGUUGGGAGCAGUCGGAGCAAUAGCGCCUGAAAUACUCGGCAAAGCCGGUCUAAUCCCACAGGAAACCGCCCUCGCUUGGUUUCAAACCGGCGUGAUCCCACCUGCAGGAACAUACAGCUACUGGGCAGACAAUUACACACUCUUCGUCUUGGAAAUGGCGCUCAUGGGAUUUGCUGAACACAGAAGGUUCCAAGAUUGGUACAAACCUGGCUCCAUGGGAAAACAAUACUUCUUAGGACUUGAAAAAGGUCUUGGAGGUUCUGGUAACCCUGCUUACCCUGGUGGACCUUUCUUUAACCCUCUCGGGUUCGGUAAAGACGAGAAAUCUUUGAAGGAUUUGAAGCUUAAGGAAGUGAAAAAUGGAAGGUUAGCUAUGUUGGCAAUAUUGGGAUACUUCAUUCAAGGUCUUGUUACAGGAGUUGGACCAUACCAAAACUUGUUAGAUCAUUUGGCUGAUCCUGUCAACAACAAUGUCUUGACCAGUCUUAAGUUUCAUUGAGUGAAUGUAUUAUAUUAUAUGUAUCUUGUUAAUUACAUAUAUUCUUUUCUUUGCUCUUUGGUUGUUGUAAGACAUUAUUAUUAUCAAAAAAACUCAACCAUGUUUUAGUUCA